GAGCAGCUGGAGCGGGAAUUUGAGUCUAUCUGUGUCUCAGUGUUUGUGAGUUUGCAUGGUGGACCCUGACCCUUCUCAGAUGAUGGGUUGUGUGCAACUUGGAGAAGAACCUGCAAGCAGCUGUGCUCCUAUGUGCCUGCUGCUCUUGACUUUCUUGCGAGUAGAUGUCGUGGAUCUGAAAGGUGUGAUUGGAAUAGACUGGGAAAAGACAGUUUGCCUGCAAAACUAGUGGAAAGAAAAAUCUGAACUGAUUUGGGAUCUGAUUGGGAAUUGGAACAAGAUAUCAUUGAGGGCUCAGAAUCAUUAAAGUGUGGCUGUUCUGAGCUUACAAGGUGAGCCAACUGAGAUCUAAGUAUGUCGAUGGCUUUGAAGCAGGUGUUCCAUAAGGACAAGACUUUUCGACCAAAGAGGAAGUUUGAACCUGGCACUCAGAGGUUUGAACUCCACAAAAAAGCACAAGCCUCUUUGAGCUCAGGGAUGGACCUUAAGAGAGCUGUACAGUUGCCCAUUGGGGAAGACCUCAAUGAUUGGAUUGCUGUUCAUGUAGUGGACUUUUUUAAUCGCAUUAAUCUGAUCUAUGGGACAAUCUGUGAGUUCUGUACUGAAAGGAGCUGCCCUAUCAUGUCAGGGGGUCAGAAAUAUGAGUAUCGCUGGCAGGAUGAUUACAAGUACAGGAAGCCCACGCCACUGCCAGCUCCACGAUACAUGAGCCUAUUGAUGGAUUGGAUCGAAAUCCAAAUCAACAAUGAAGAAAUCUUCCCAACAAGGAUUGGAAUUGCUUUUCCCAAGAAUUUUCUUCAGAUCUGUAAGAAGAUUCUCUGCCGACUUUUUCGAGUCUUUGUUCAUGUUUACAUCCAUCACUUUGAUCGGCUCAGUACCAUGGGUGCAGAGGCACAUGUUAAUACAUGUUACAAGCACUUCUAUUACUUUGUAGCAGAGUUUAACCUCAUAGAUCGCAAGGAAUUAGAACCUUUGAAGGAGAUGACCUCAAAGAUCUGCCACUGAAAUCCUGUGCCGCCAGAGAUUCCAGUUUGAUGCAGUCUGUAGUCGGCUCCCACAUGCUGCCAACACACCUCUGUUUGCAUCUGUGCAGUGGACUCAAGUGUGAAGGUGGAUCACAGCCCAGCAACAACCUCAGCAAUCCUAUCUGUUUGGAUUGGUGGAAUAGCUGAAGACUGAUAGCAGUGUCUCACAUGCUCAUGUGAGCGUCCACUGAUGUUAAGUAAUUCCAUCCCUUCAAUUUGCAGAGAGCCAGAAUUGACACUGAACUGGUUAAGCAUCUGAAAGCAGAACCAUGCAAUCACUGCAGUUCCAUUCUUCAGUUAACUCUCAUCAGCCAACAGCUAAUAUCAGUUUUUAUGGUCCACUCCCAUUAAGUUAGUGAAUAUGUCCAAUGAGAGAGGAUUGGGUAAUGCAUUGAGCACAGAAACUCUCAUUUUAUCCCCUGGUUGUAAAUCUAACUGGCAGUUAGGUUUUAACAUUCCCUUCCCAAUUGGCUGGAGGGAGUUUUAAUUAGAUGGGAAUGAAUUUGCUGCAUUUCUAAUUCCAAGGUAUCUCCAGCAUACUUUGCAAUUUCAGGCAAAGAGGCAGAUAGUGAAGUGAGUUUAAUGUUUGUAGAUCUUCAUAAUAUCACCCUUUCACUCUUCUCAUGAAAGCAUUGUGUGCACCUGAUGGUUCCUGACCUUCUAACCAAACACUUGCAUGAACUGGAUCUGAGAUUCUUAAAAUCCCCAUCCUCUUGGCCAUCCAACAAGGGACUACUCACUAGGUCUUAGGCAUAUGCCAAAUGGGGAAGAGUUAAAAUCUCCCAUGCCUCAGGACAGGUUGCUUUCCCAUUCAGCCUCAACCACUCUCACCCUAACCUGAGAAUGGCUGAUGGUUCCAUUCCCUACAACAUGAGAACAGGGGUCAUUGUGUAAUAUUUGGGAGCAGGAAUCUUGGCUUGGAUUUGAUUUCUUUCUCUCUGGACUAUUGGAGCAUCUGAACCAGCCCCAUCUCAGGUCAGCUGCAACACUCCCAAGCUUAGAGCUUGGGAAACUGGAACACCUGAACAGCUCCUGCUUUCUAUGUCACCACACCCUCAAGUCAGUGGAAUCCAUUCUGCUUUUCCAGAUUUACUGUUCUUCAUUGUGUUCCCAGGUAGGCAAAACCCCAAUUGAUCUGCUGCAACCAUUCAUGCUACUUUCGGACUUGGAUACUUUGGGAUCUCUGAUUUUCUCCAUAUUUGCCUUACACUAUUGUCACCUCAGUGGUUCAGUCUCACCUUUUGCCUUCACCUAACUACAACCCAUUCUUCUGUACUCCCCAGCAAUACUUCUAUGGGUAUAGGAAUAUAAGGAUGCCAUUCAGCCUCUCAUUCCUACUCUGCCAUUCAGAGUCAAUCUGUAUCUGAACUCUAUUGUUCUCCUUUAGUCCCCUUCCCCAACAAAAGAUCUACUGAUUUCAGUUUCACUGGCUUCAGUUGCAUCCUGCUAUCCACAUCCUUUUAAAUUUUAAAAUUUUAUUUACAGUGUGGUAACAGGCCCUUCCGGCCCAACGAGUCCGUGCUGCCCAUUUUAAACCCAAAUUAACCUACCCGUACGUCUUUGGAAUGUGGGAGGAAACCCACGCAGACACAGGAGACAGAUUUCAACUCUUUUUUUGUCCCCUCUGAGGCCUGGCUAUAAAGUUAAAACUACACCCCUUUUGUUCAUGAAAACUUGACAAGAAAUUACUUCCCUGUAUCUUACCCUAUCCUAACAUUGUAAGCACCUUGAAUAAUCCACCCAUCCUAAACUCAAGAGACUACAACCAAAGUAAAUGCGACUUGCCCUCAUAAUAAACCCCUUCUCCCCAUAAACUGUUAAUCUGUAAUAGUUACCUGAUUUCAUUCUCUCAGUUCAGAAUCAAGUCUUUCUAUACCACCAUAUUAGAAGCCAAUGAAUACACAAGAUGCUGGAAACACUCAGCAAAACCAGUAGCACCUGUGGAGAAAUACCAAUCAUGCAUCUCAUAAGCUGUACAAAACAGGUUUUUAGUGUUGCUGGUGCUUCAUGUGAAAAAUGAAAACUUUUUCACUGUCAUUUGAAGGGUGCAGACAAGGUGUAGAAGUUGAGGUUUGGUCCAUUAGUAAUUUUUAGCUUUACAGUAAACUACAUCUCAGAAGAGAACUGGUUUUUCUUAAUAAUAUUCUCUAAAUGUAUAUGGUAAGGCCCACUAUGCCUACCUUCCUUUCCAGCUCAUUCUUCUGCAACAGGAAACAAAAUGACUGGCACAGUGGACAUUGGUUCAGUGAA